CCAUCCCCCCCUCCUCUCUCUCUCUCUCUCUCUCUCUCUCUCUCUCUCUCUCUCUCCCUGAAUGCUUGUGUUUCCAUACCGUUUGCGAGCCGGAGGAGGAACCCGCCAGCUCUCACGUUCAGAGGAGAACCAGGCCGCUAUUGAACGGAGAGAAAAACCGUCGCGCACACAUUCAAAGGAAUUACGGAAAUCUUUAAUUGCACGUCGAUUUGCAUAUCCAUUCCUCCAUUUGCCUUUCGCCCCUCAGAAUGGCAGGCGGACCCCCCCCCAGACAAAUUCAGUUUCCUCUACCAGACAGACAGCAGCCACAGCUUGAAGAGUAAGAGCAGACUGUCUUCCACCAUGAACCCAGUGUACAGUCCCGUACAGCCUGGGACCCCAUAUGGAAACCCUAAGAACAUGGCCUACACAGGGUACGCAGGAGCCUAUCCGACUGCAGCCCCUACCUACACGCCAAGCCUCUACCAGACAGGCAGCCCAGGUUACCCUCCAGUGGUGCUGGUGAAACCAGGCUGGCCCCAGACGGUGUCGGCCCCAGGGCCCGCCGACGGCUCCUUUGACCUGGCCGUGGACACAGGCUCAGAGAGCAGGCAGUUCCAGGCCUCCUCUACAGCAUUCAGAUACACUGCAGGGACCCCAUACAAAGUGCCCCCGACUCAGAGCAACGGGGCCCCCCCACCAUACUCCCCCUCCCCCAACCCGUACCCCACCGCCAUGUACCCCAUACGAAGUGCCUACCCACAGCAGAACCUCUACGCUCAGGGAGCCUACUACACACAGCCGGUGUAUGCUGCCCAGCCGCACGUAAUCCACCACACCACGGUGGUCCAGCCCAACAGCAUUCCCCCGGCCAUCUACCCUGCCCCUGUCCCCGCUCCCCGGCCCAGCGGCGUAGCCAUGGGAAUGGUGGCUGGAACCACCAUGGCCAUGUCAGCAGGAACACUGUUGACCACGCCCCAGCACACUCCUAUUGGACCACACCCCGUUACCGUGCCAACGUAUCGUCCCCAAGGAACACCGGGCUACAGCUAUGUGCCACCUCACUGGUAGAAUCCACCUGCCGAUCAUAUCUGGAGUCACACAUCGUAUGCAACUACUCAAGUCUUACAUUGGCACUCUGUGAUCAACAGGGACCACGUCUAUUUGCAAGAACGAAAGAAAAAAAUGGGUCACUUUAUGCAUUCUUAAAUGUUUUGUAAAAGCUGCUUUUUUAUUUUUUAUUUAAAUAGAAUUUCCUUUUGUGUUUAUGUCUUAUUAUUUUGGGCCUGUGUUGUUGCAUUAGGUUGUUUUCAUUCCACGUUCUCACCAGAUAACUCCUGCGGAACCUCCAGAGUGAUUUUGACCAGCCACGACUCUGUUAACGAUGUUGUGGUCUACAUUUUGCCAUCCUUAAGUAGGAAUUUGCACGGCACAAUGUCAUCGCCAUGUUCAUCAUCACAAGUUAUGCUGCCAAAUUUUAUAACUUUUAAAUCUUAGUACAGUGGGUUUAUUAUUGUUAAUGUUUCUGAAUUAGGCACAUUAUAUUAAUUUCAGAUUCCCUCAUACUGUACCCUUUCAGCAGGGCUCUUUUUGUGCAAGUUUAAUUUCAUAUUGCAUAAAAAAAUUUUCCCCCCC